AUGUCUUAUACGGGUCGAGAGGCAACUCCGGGAACGAUCUUGACUAUUAUCUCUUUUUUAUUACUUUUCUUAAUAAAUCUUUUAACUCCAAUCAUCAAAACACUAUACUUUGUAAAAGUAUCACGGUUGGGAUUAACGUUUGAAGAAGAAUUAACAAUUGGAUUAUGGGGUUUUUGCGCACAUAUUAAUGGUACACCAAAGAAAUGCACCCCGACGAAGAUAGGUUUUGCUUUUGAUCCUAGAAAAUCACUGAAUCCUAAUUUGAUUCCUGGUGGUCUUUCCCAAGACUUACCUGAAGCAGUAAGCACAUCGUUAAGCUAUUUGGUGGUGGUUCAUAUACUUGCGUUGAUUACAUUAUCAAUUGUAUCUUGUGUUGGCGUAUUUGCACAUAGACGCAAAAAUCGAGAUAAAGGACUCAUAAAAGUAGCGGCACAAAGUUCAACACUUGCCUUUAUUUUAGUUCUUUUCGCAUUUAUAAUAGAUUUCAUAUUGUUUAAUAAUGGAAUUGUGAAACCAAUAAAUAAAAUGGUUGGGAACGUUUAUACAGCAAAAUUGGAUAACGCGUAUUAUCUGAUGAUUGUUUGCCUGAUAAGUUCUGGUUUGGCUACGAUAGGUUUCUUAGUAGGUAAAGUUAUGAAUAAACGAAGAAGAAGAAAAUCUGAUGAUGAUGAUAUAUAUGAUAAUAGAGAAACGAUUGAACCAGCUUAUCAAAGACCUAAUAACGAAAGGGUACAGAAUCCAAAUCAAAAUAAUAUUCCGCAAUAUGCUGAAUAUGAAGUAGAAGAAAUUAGACAAUCUCCAUCACCUGUAAAUCGUCCUUUACCAUCAAACCCUGGUGUAAAUUAUUCCAAUCCAACACCAAUCUUACCUGGACCAAAAACUGGUGUGGAUUAUUUCAAUCCAUCACCAUACGCGCCUGGACCACAACCUGGUGUAGAAUAUCCCAAUCCAUCACCAUACUCACCUGGACCUCAACAAGGUGUAGAAUAUUCCAAUCCACCAUCAUUCGUGCAUGGACCUCAACAAGGUGUAGAAUAUUCCAAUCCAUCACCAUACUCGCCUGGAUCUCAACAUGGUGCAGAAUAUUCCAAUCCACCACCAUUCGUGCCUGGACCUCAACAUGGUGUAGAAUAUUCAAAUCCAUCAAAUCCAUUUGGGCCUCAACCUGGUUCAGAAUUUUCAUAUCAAUCACAAAUUGGUCCAACGCCCUAUCAAGGACAUACGAGUCCUAUUAGACGUACCCCUGGAACUGGUAUACAAAAUCAAUUUGCUUAUUCACAUCAAUCACCUCAUCAAUCACCUUCCUACCCAAAUGCGUAUGAUCCAUAUUCAACCAAUUCACCGAUAGAUGAUUAUCCACAAGAUCCACAAGAUGGUUAUCCACUUUCUUCCAAUCAACCAUCUUAUACGAAUCCUAAUAUAUAUCACGACCAGUCAGAAUAUCAUAAACCUCCUGGAAAUUAUUAUAAAUCAUAA